AUGAGUAAUGAGUUGGAGGGUUACGAGCGCAAAUACUGUGAACUAUCAGCAAAUCUAUCAAAAACAUGCAUUGAAGCUGCUGCUAUUAGUGGAGGGUAUAAGGUGGGUGUGCAUAACGAACUAAAGAAACAAAAAGUUUCAGAAAUAAAGGAGGGAAUUGAAGAGGCAGAAGCUUUGAUUCGAAAAAUGGACCUUGAGGCAAGAAGACUACAGCCAGACAUUAAGACUGUGCUUCUUGCUAAAGUAAGGGAGUACAAAGCAGAUCUGAACAACAUUAAAAGAGAAGAGAAGAAAAUUAUAUCUGGUGUGUUUAACCCUUCUGCACGAGAUGAGUUGUUAGAAUCGACCAUGACAAAUGUUAUAAAGGCAUCAGCUGAUCAUAGAGAAAGAUUAAUGACAUCAACUGAAAGGUUGAACAAAUCCAGUGACGGAAUACAGGACAGCACAAGAACAAUGUUGGAAACAGAAGAUCUUGGCGUUAUGAUUCUUCAAGAUCUGCAUUCACAGAGACAAUCUCUACUGCAUACACAUGACACGCUUCAUGAAGUGGAUGAUAACACAGGCAAGAGCAAGAAAAUUUUGUCUAACAUGUCAACAAGGAUGAACAGGAACAAGUGGAUUUUCAGCACCGUUGUUGUGGUCCUGGUAGUUGUUAUCGCCUUGAUUCUGUACUUCAAGCUUUCCGAAUAG